AUGGACCCCAACGACUCUUCCCAAACCCCUGCCUCGUCGAAAUCGGCUGGUACCCGUGACGAAGGACGGCAUGUGGAUUAUAUUCUUGAUUCCCCGGCGGAAAGAGAAAAGCGGAAAGGUUUGAAGGACAGCGACACGAGGAGUCAGGAUGGUGGAGACGAUAUUAGCCACAAUGCUUUUCAGCUCAACAAUUAUCGGGCCUGGGUUAAUAGGCAACGAAAACGAGCGCGAGGACCGCGAGCCAAGUUUGAAAACUUCUUUAACAACCAAUAUCAAAAAUGGAUUAUCGAGGGGCUCCUACGGCAGAAGCCUCUCCCACCGAGUCUAGAUGGUCGCCAUAUACCGAUUAGGGCCGGCGCUGCCCGCAAGGUGCCGUUGAUUGACGAGCGAAGUGGUAGCCACUACGUUUCGAAUUUCAUCCGUUCUAGUCGGUAUACCAAGUGGUCUUUCGUGCCGAAACAAUUAUAUUUCCAGUUCAGCAAGCUAGCCAACUUUUAUUUCUUGGUCAUCGCUGUGUUGCAACUGAUACCAGGUUUGAGUACGACGGGUUCGUAUACUACCCUUAUACCUUUACUCAUUUUCGUCUCUAUCAGCAUGGCGAAGGAAGGGUUUGAUGAUUAUAGGAGGUACGUAUUGGAUAAGACGGAGAACUUAGCCCCUGCGUGGGUCCUCGAUCCCGAUGGCACAGUCGAAAAGAAGUUGAGUAGGAACCGCUUGGUAAGCUUGAUCAGAAAACGUAGUAAGGAACAAGAAGAAGAGGGAAUGGCGGAAUUGCAAGAUAUGGGCGAGGGUCGCGAAAAAUCCCCGUGGGCUACUAUUCAGUGGCAGGAUAUUCGAGUAGGUGAUAUUGUCCGGCUGCGACGAGACGAUAGUGUACCUGCGGAUAUCAUUAUCCUUCACGCGACGGGGCAUAAUGGAGCGGCGUAUAUUGAAACCAUGGCGCUUGACGGCGAGACGAACCUCAAGAGUAAACAUGCCUGCUCGUUGCUUGCUCAGCAGUGCGACACAAUUGAAAAUUUGAAGAAUUGUGAAGCUGAAGUCGUGUCCGAAGACCCAAAUGCCGACCUUUAUAAUUUCGAGGGUCGUGUUACCGUCAACGGUGAAACUCGACCGCUCACGACCAACGAUGUUGUAUAUCGAGGUUCGAUUCUACGCAAUACUGAUGAAAUGAUCGGGUUGGUUAUAAAUACAGGAGAGGAAUGCAAGAUACGGAUGAACGCGAACAAGGAUGUCCGCGCAAAAGCCCCGAAGAUGCAGGAUUUACUUAAUCGCAUCGUGCUUCUUCUGGUUUUGGUCGUCCUAGCCCUUACUAUUGGCUGUAUGGGUGGCUACUAUCUAUGGCAAGACGACUACGAGCGUCAUGCUCCGUAUCUUCAUGGUGCCGAUGUGCCUUUUGAACAAAUUUGGUUUGGUUUCAUUAUUGCUUUCAACACCCUCAUCCCCCUAUCCCUCUACGUAAGUCUUGAGAUUAUCAAAGUUGGGCAAUUUUACCUGCUAGGCGACGUUGAGAUGUACGAUCCUGAAACUGAUACGCCUAUGGUUGUAAAUACGACCACCAUCUUGGAAAAUCUCGGUCAGGUCAAUUAUAUCUUUUCUGAUAAGACUGGGACAUUGACAGAAAACAAGAUGCGGUUUCGGAAACUCAGCGUUGCAGGAACAGCUUGGUUGCAUGAUAUGGACCUUAAGCGGGAUCAGCAAGAGUACGAAACGAAAGUAUCUCAGGGCAAGGUUAAGAGUCCCAACCAACAUACCAAAGGCGAAACGGAUACGAAUGCGAUUCCUAACAGGGAUGAACGUAUCGAGGCUCCGCUGAUUAACAACCAGGACCCUUCUGGUUCCGCUUCGACGUCAAAAGAUCAGGCAGGGAAUUCUCCAAUUCCAAAGACGGAAACCUUGCUCAGCUAUAUCCAACGGAACCCCAAUACAAACUUUUCGAAGAAGGCCCGGCAUUUUCUCCUUUGCGUGGCACUUUGCCACACAUGCUUACCAGAAGUUAAAGAGGACGGUGAAAUCGCUUUCCAAGCCGUUUCUCCCGAUGAGCUUGCUUUAGUACAGGCGGCUCGGGAUCUAGGUUACCUUCUCAUUGAUCGUGCAGCACACUCUAUCAAGCUCCAAUAUCAGAACCCCGAGGGAGAGCUUCUUACCGAGACGUAUGAGGUGCUGGAUGUGAUUGAAUUUAGCAGCAAACGGAAGCGAAUGUCGAUCAUCAUACGCAUGCCGGGCAACAAGAUUUGUGUCUUCUGUAAAGGCGCCGAUAACAUCAUCAUCGAUCGGCUGAGAAAUGCGUUCCUGGCGAAACAAAAGGCGUCUGCUGUGGAGCGCCGGGCUAGUAUACGGAAAAGUAUGGAGGCCGAAAGGGCUAUGAGCCGCUUAAGUGGGACGUAUAGCCCUAGGAAUAGCUUGAGUAUAAAUAAGCGCAACAGUAUCUUUCGAAAGGGUAAUAAACGCAAAUCUGUUGAAGCUAGUCGCCGCUCAGCUGUUUCAGAUGAUUUUGACACAUGGUAUACGAGGCGUGAGACGUUGGAGCUGGAGGAAGCGCCGAUCUAUGAUAUGGAUGCUGGUACUCCUCGCGCAUCUAUAGCUCUGUCCACUAGAUUAGUUGCGGGGAGCAACGAUGAUUACGAUGGAGUUGUCGACGAGUUUCUAGCCUCGGAUGAUGGCGCUAUCUUUGAGCGAUGUUUCCAGCAUAUAGGCGAAUUCGCCUCGGAGGGUCUAAGGACGCUUCUCUUUGCCUAUCGGUAUAUCAGCGAUGGAGAGUAUGAAGAGUGGAAGAAUAUCUACCGAGCCGCUGCCACGAGUCUAGUGGAUAGACAAAAACGCAUUGAGAGCGCCGCUGAACUCAUCGAGAAGGAUUUCAGUCUUGCUGGCGUUUCUGCCAUCGAAGAUAAACUGCAGCAAGGGGUCCCUGAAACGAUCGAGAAGCUCCGUAGGGCAAACAUCAAAGUUUGGAUGCUGACUGGGGACAAACGCGAGACGGCGAUCAAUAUUGCGCAUUCUGCAACGCUGGCCAAGCCCUUUUCCGAAAUUUAUAUCAUCGAUGCUACCGUGGGCAACUGGCAGGAGAAGAUAACUUCGACGUUGGUUGAUGUCGGUCGUGGCAUGGUAGCUCAUUCUGUAUUAGUCGUGGAUGGAAAUACCCUUGGCAAGAUUGAGAAUGAUGAAACAUUGAAAAUAAUGUUUUACGAUCUCGCUGUUCGGAUGGAUUCUGUUAUUUGCUGCCGAGCCUCGCCGUCUCAAAAAGCCGGGCUGGUGCAAUGCAUUCGAGAAACAGUGCCGUCUUCGUUGACAUUAGCGAUAGGAGACGGAUCAAACGACAUUGCCAUGAUCCAAGCCUCUCAUGUUGGCAUAGGUAUAUCUGGUCGCGAAGGCCUCCAGGCCGCUCGCGUAGCUGAUUAUUCCAUUGCCCAAUUCAGAUUUCUUCAAAGGCUUCUCCUCGUCCACGGUCGGUGGAUGUAUCUGCGCACGGCAAAAUAUAUACUGGCAACGUUCUGGAAAGAGUUGGUAUUCUACAUUGUCCAGGCCCAAUAUCAGCACUGGAAUGGUUAUACAGGCACCUCGAUCUAUGAGUCGUGGAGUUUGACUGUGUUUAAUGCACUCUUCACAUCUCUACCUGUUAUACUACUCGGUAUGUUCGAGAAAGAUCUCAAGGCCGAAACCCUACUUGCCGUUCCCGAGCUCUAUUCGUUCGGUCAGCGGAGUGAAGCAUUCAAUUUUAAGGAGUACUUGGCGUGGAUGUUUACUGGUGCAGUCGACACGGUCGUCAUCUAUAUGAUGGUCUGGGGUUACUUUAAGGAUAUUCUAUUUACCGAGAAUAACUCGCUUUUCCCGCUUGGACAGCUAGCCUUCACCGCCGCUGUAGUAUUGAUCAACAUCAAAAUCCUAAUCUUGGAAUGCCAUUACAAGACGGUGAUCACUUUUGUUGGAUUUUUCCUUUCUGUUAUAGGUUGGUUCGUUUGGAACUUCCUCAUAUCGGCCAUCCAUCCUUCGAAAUUUGGUCCGUACGUUGUCCGAGGCGCCUUUGUGAAUGAGUUCGGAAAUAAAUUGGGUUGGUGGACGGCGGCAGGUGCGGCGAUAGUAGCCGUGGUUGCGUUCGAGCUGGGCCUUACAGCACUGCAACGGAUUUACUUCCCGCGGGACCAGCAUCUCUGGCAAGAGAUCGAGCGUGAGGGAGGGGUUUCUGGGGUUUUGAAAGAGUACGCAGUUGAGGAGGGUCGCGCCGCGUCUCUUUCGGGAGACCUCGAAGGUCGAGACAGUAACAUUGAUGAGAAUUCAGAUCAGGGACGACCUCUAACUCCAAUCGAGAGUGAAGGCUCACCGAACAGGAACAAACUCUAUGGUUUAUUUACGCCAUCCAGCUCGGCCAAACGGGGCCAAAGAUUCCCACGUGGCGCUGGCGAGCAUGGACUGGCGAUUCAUAAAAAGAAACGAGUACAGACUGCAUGA